UGUAUGAGUCAUGCAGAAUCGUAGUCACUAAAGCCACCAGUUUGGCUGGAUACUUUGCCACUACGUUUUUUUCUUGCCUCAGUCGCCCUUAAGUACUCAGCCAACCUUCAGUUACCAUUUCAAAUUUGCAAAGACAGCAUAUUGGCAGAACGAGCGUCAGAAUUAUCAACGGUGCGUGCAUUUAUAAAUCAAAGAAGCUGUAUCAGCAAAGAAAAUCAAAAUCCAAGGAAAUGGCAUCAAAGCUCCCCAUUCUCUCUCUCAUCCUGUGGUUGGUUGCUGCAACUGCAAAGUCCACACCAGUCACGCUAGAGAAACUUGACUCCUUGCAACAACUGGAUACUGUACCAGAAAAUAUGAUCAAUUUCGUGACAAAUCUCAAUUCGUCGAAUAUUUACGAAGUGUCCCCUGACAUCCUCCCCGAGGGCGAGAAUAACUCGCAACUAAGAGCGCAAGAUUAUGUAAUCAUUCCCAAAAGCGAGAGGGCAGAAGAAUCACUCAAGUUUCCUUUCUUGGUGCGCGUCACCUUCCUCCGUAUUAACAUCACCGAGGACGUUUUAGACGAUAAGGAUUACACUGAUGAUGAAUAUGACGACGACGAGGCUUACACUGAUAAUGAAGACGAAGACGAGACUUCAGAAGAUAAUGGUGAAGAUGACGAACAGGUCACCACCACCACUCCCCCUGCGAACAUGACCAGCCAUCGACUCCUACUUGGACGUUCAGGUGUUGGGAAACCACCCAGCACGACACCUCGUGCUGCCGACGGGGAAAGCAGCAAUCCUUCCACAUUCGCGAAGCUAAUUAAUGGGCGCAUUAUUCAUGUCCUGAUUGUGAUCCUGUACAUCUUGUUUGGCGUUGGAUUAGUUCUGUUCAUCGUCCACAACGCGGUUACCUGCUGUUCUAUCUGUUUCAAUUGGAGAUAUCGUUUGGAACAGUGGCCUAUGACGGUGGAAAGACGACCAUCUCACAGGAGAGCUUAUUCCUCCUUCAUUCCAAACAAACAAGCGUUCUAUGAACCACUAUAAAAAUCCAUAUAUAUUUUUCUGCAGUAAGAAUGUUGAAUGCAACAACAAAGUUUGGCAUUGUAUUUUAUUCAAAUAAUAAAUUGACUGAUAGUAA